UUUCUCUCUCAUCAACAGUUCUACAACACCGCCUAUAUAUAUACACAAAUUAAUAAAUCAGGAGAGAGAAAACACACUUUUUUUUUCCAAACUUUUUUCCAAUCUCUCCUCUCCGGCGAGCGGCGACGACGACGGCGGAAAGGGUUUUCCGAAAAUCGCGCGAUGAAAAUUUUCGUCAAAACUCUUAAGGGCACGAACUUUGAGAUCGAUGCUAAUAUCGAUGACACUGUUGCAGAUGUGAAGAAAAGCAUUGAGAAAAUACAAGGUGCAGAAACUUAUCCUGCUAACCUACAAAUGCUCAUCCAUCAGGGGAAGGUUCUGAAAGAUACGACAACAUUGGGAGAAAAUAAUGUUGCUGAGAACAGUUUCUUGGUCAUUAUGUUAAGUAAGAAUAAGCCUGCUGCAGCUGGAUCUUCAUCUGUGCCUGCAGCACCUUCUAGUCAGGCUCAGCCUCAGAGUACGACUAUUCCUACACCUGCAGCUGCUUUACCAGCAUCAGCUGCACCUCAAGCUCAGAUGCAGACUGCUGCAGAACCUACAGCUGCUGCACCAGCUGUACCUGCUGCUCCUGCUGCUUCUGGGGAAGAAGAUGUCUACGGGCUUGCUGCGUCAAAUUUAGUUGCAGGAAGCCACUUGGAGACUACCGUUCAGCAGAUUCUUGACAUGGGUGGAGGAAGUUGGGACAGAGAUACAGUUGUUCGCGCUCUACGUGCUGCAUAUAAUAACCCGGAGAGGGCUGUUGAAUACUUGUAUUCUGGAAUUCCUGAGCAAGCUGAAGUUCCUCCAGUUGCUCGAACUCCUGCUGCUGCUACUGCCACUGGUGCACAAGCUGGAAACCCUCUAGCUCAGGCUGGGAACCCACUUGCUCCAGCUGGGAAUCCACUUGCCCAGGCUCCUCAAGCAACUGUACCAGCAGCUGGUCCUAAUGCAAGUCCUUUAGAUCUCUUUCCGCAGGGCCUUCCCAAUGUGGGUUCUAAUGCUGGCGCAGGCUCGUUAGAUUUCCUUCGUAAUAGUCAGCAGUUUCAAGCAUUGCGAGCUAUGGUGCAAGCCAAUCCCCAGAUUUUGCAGCCUAUGCUUCAAGAACUUGGGAAACAGAAUCCGCAACUAAUGCGGCUCAUUCAGGACCACCAGGCUGAUUUUCUUCGCCUAAUCAAUGAACCUGUUGAAGGGGAAGGAAAUCUACUCUCACAGUUGACUUCUGCAAUGCCAGCAUCUGUGUCUGUGACACCAGAGGAGCGUGAGGCUAUUGAACGUCUUGAGGGUAUGGGCUUCAGACGGGCCACAGUAUUGCAAGUCUACUUCGCAUGCAACAAGAACGAGGAGCUGGCUGCAAACUAUCUCUUAGAUCAUAUGGACGAGUUUGAAAAUGAGGACGAUGAAGGCCUUUCCUGAAAUUGAAAAUGGAUCUUAUGUUGUCCCCUCAUCGUUCGGCAUACUCCGUUUUUUACUGCAUGCCCAUAGAAGAUUUGCCCUUUAUAAAUUGUGAGGAGCGUGAAGACGGUUGGUUAUGUGGAUUAGUUGCAAACCUUGGAUAUAUCAAAUGGUCUAGAUGUUAAUUUGUUCAGAUUUAUUAUGUACAACCUUUUCAUUUUACUUUUUGAUGGCAUUUCUCGUAACAUAUAAGUAGCUUAAAUCCUGAUCCAAGAGUGUCAGUUGUUGUUUCACAAACAUUGCCUCUUCAUGUUCUAUGUUUUUUCUAUGGCAGAUGGUAAAUCAUUCACGAGUA